AUGCUUUUAUUUUUCGUACUUUUGACCGCAAUCGUCUCCCUUUUGGUCACCUAUCUUCAAUACAAAUAUCAAUACUGGGCAAGAAAAGGGGUGCCCCAAACGAAUUUAAACUUUCUUGAAAACAUAUGUCUAAUGCGCACCACACAUAAUUUAGAUUUUUAUCGCGAAGUCUAUCGACAUUUUCGUGGCAAGUCAAAAUUUGGCGGCACUUAUAUCUUCGCUAAACCAAUACUCGUUCUACUCGAUCUUGAUUUGAUCAAACAAGUACUAAUUAAAGAUUUCAAUACAUUUCCGGAUCGUUUCGAAUAUAUACCCGAUAAUAAUAUUAUCAAUGGUAAUCUCUUUAAAGUGAACGCCGAGAGAUGGCGUCCUUUGCGUACGAAAAUUACACCUACAUUCACAUCGGCGAAAAUGAAGUUUAUGUUUCCAACAUUGGUAACGGUGGCAAAGCAAUUGGAUGUAGCCUUUGGCAAACACUUGGAAAAUACACCAGAUGGUACCCUUAAUAUAUACGAAAUGAUGACACGCUUCACUGUGGAUGUAAUCGGCCAGGUUGGCUUUGGUGUUGUAUGUAACAGCUUGGAGGAUCCCAAUACAGAGUUUCUUCGCGUCGGACAUAUUAAUUUCUUUCAAAAUCAUAAAUCCAUAAGGCUACGCAUUUUGAUGACAACAUAUCCUGUGCUAUUUAAAUUGCUGCAUUUUCUCAACAUCAGACGCGUACCAGACGAGGUUGAAAAGUUUAUGUUGCGUCUGGUUCGCGAUACUGCUCGUAUACGUGAGGAGCAGAAAAUUCAGCGUAACGAUUUCAUGAAUUUAAUGAUUGAAAUGAAGAAUACAAAGGACGAAAACGGUAAACCUAUGUUGACUUACGAAGAGAUGGCUGCACAGGUAUUCAUAUUUUUUGCUGGUGGAUAUGAGACUAGUUCGAGUAAUUUGACUUAUGCGCUCUAUGAGUUGGCAAAGAAUCAGCAUGUGCAAGACAAAUUGAGAGCUGAAAUCAAUAGCGUCUUGGCAAAACACAACGGAGAGCUGACAUACGAAGCAAUGGAUCAAAUGACCUACUUGUAUCAAGUUAUGUCAGAGACACUUCGUAAGUAUACCGUUCUAGCAGUGCUUCCUCGCAUCUCAAUUGAAGAGUACACGAUACCCGGAACGAAUAUAAAACUCGAAAAGGGAACCCACAUUGCUGUACCUAUCAAUGCCAUACACCAUGAUCCUGAAAUAUAUGAAAGUCCACACGAAUUUCGUCCAGAACGUUUCGCGCCAGAAGAACUACAAAAACGUCAUCCGCAGGCCUUUCUCGGUUUCGGCGAUGGACCGCGCAAUUGUAUUGGCCUACGUUUUGCACGCAUGCAAGUGCGUGUUGGAUUGAUAACACUGUUGAAAUCUUAUCGCUUUACCUUUUCGGAGAAGACACCGCCCAGAAUAGAUAUUAUGAAGAAGGGUUUAGUUCUUGUGCCAGAUAAUAUCGUAUGGCUAAGGGCAACAAAGCUGUAAAAAUUAUAGAAAAGUGAACAAAUUAACCAACUAAAUAUAA